AUGACCAAAAAUAUUGGUAAUUUAUAUAACACAAUUUUCAACCAUCCAAAGUCAUCUGUUGAUAAGGAGAUUAAAUUAUUUGUUCAAGAAUUUGAAUCAAAUAGAAAUGGUCGUGAAACAGAAAAUCUUAAAAAAAGUAUUGCUUAUGCACAAGAUGCACCAAAUAAAUAUGAAAAUGGGAUUUCUUUAUUAAAUAAAAAACUUGAUAAACGUAGGGAAUUUUUGAGAGAACAAGAAAAUGCCAAGAAUAAAUUGGAUCAAGAAUUUAAAUUAAAGGAACAAGAAUUGAUAAGUGAGUAUCGCUUGAUGAUGGAAGAAGCUUUGAGGGGUGUUGAUAAUUUUUCUGUCAUUUCAUCAUCAUCUGGUAAUUCUGAAUAUAAAUUUGAAGAAUGA